GAUCCAAAGCUGCGCGAACUGUUGGAUGCUGGGAACCUAGGAGCUCGACUGGAAAAUCGAAUGAUAACUGUUGUCUAUGGCCCAGACCUGGUCAAUAUAUCGUACUUGAACUUGGUGGCAUUCCAAGAAGAUAUAGCAAAGGAAUGGUCAGAUGAAGUGUUCAGUUUGGCAACAAAUUUGUUGGCACAGAACAUGUCAAGGGACGCAUUUCUGGAAAAAGCUUACACAAAACUUAAACUGCAGGUGACUCCAGAAGGGCGCAUUCCUCUGAAGAACAUAUACCGCUUGUUUUCUGCUGACAGAAAACGGGUAGAGACCGCGUUAGAAGCUUGUAACCUUCCAUCUUCCAGGAAUGAUUCAAUCCCUCAAGAUGACUUCACACCAGAUGUGUACAGGGUGUUUUUAAACAACCUCUGCCCUCGGCCCGAGAUCGACCACAUCUUUUCUGAGUUUGGUGCCAAGAGCAAACCAUACCUUACUGUUGAUCAGAUGAUGGAAUUUAUAAAUUUUAAGCAACGUGAUCCACGAUUAAAUGAAAUCCUUUAUCCACCUUUAAAACAAGAACAGGUUCAACAGCUGAUUGAGAAGUAUGAACCCAACAGUAACCUAGCAAAGAAAGGACAGAUAUCAGUGGAUGGAUUUAUGCGAUAUUUGAGUGGAGAAGAAAAUGGUGUUGUUCCACCUGAGAAACUGGAUUUAAAUGAAGAUAUGUCUCAACCACUGUCACACUAUUUCAUCAAUUCCUCACACAACACCUACCUCACAGCUGGACAGCUGGCUGGUAACUCAUCGGUGGAGAUGUAUCGGCAAGUGCUUUUGUCGGGCUGCCGCUGUGUGGAGCUGGACUGCUGGAAAGGACGAACAGCUGAAGAAGAGCCGGUCAUUACACAUGGAUUCACUAUGACUACGGAAAUAUCUUUCAAGGAAGUAAUAGAAGCUAUUGCUGAAUGUGCAUUUAAGACAUCACCCUUUCCAAUCCUCCUUUCCUUUGAAAAUCAUGUGGAUUCCCCUAAACAACAGGCAAAAAUGGCAGAGUACUGCAGAUUAAUAUUUGGAGAUGCAUUGCUUAUGGAUCCAUUGGAAAAAUACCCGCUUGAACCUGGGGUUCCUCUUCCAAGCCCUAUGGAUUUAAUGUACAAAAUUCUGGUGAAGAAUAAAAAGAAGUCGCAUAAGUCUGCAGAUGGAAGUGCAAAAAAGAAGCUCUCAGAGCAAGCUUCCAACACAUGCAGCGAUACGUCUAGUAUGUUUGAACCUUCCUCCCCUGGAGCAGGAGAAGCAGAGAUCGAGAGCGAUGAUGAUGAUGACUAUGAUGAUGACUGUAAAAAGUCGUCGAUGGAUGAAGGUACUGCUGGAAGUGAGGCUAUGGCCACAGAAGAGAUGUCUAACCUGGUGAACUACAUUCAGCCUGUGAAGUUUGAGUCAUUUGAAGUAUCAAAAAAACGCAACAAAAGUUUUGAAAUGUCUUCCUUUGUGGAAACCAAAGGGCUUGAACAACUUACGAAGUCUCCUGUGGAAUUUGUGGAAUACAACAAAAUGCAACUAAGCCGAAUUUACCCAAAGGGAACACGUGUAGAUUCUUCGAACUAUAUGCCACAAGUCUUUUGGAAUGCCGGCUGCCAAAUGGUUGCUCUUAACUUCCAAACUGUGGAUUUGUCUAUGCAAAUAAACAUGGGAAUGUAUGAGUACAAUGGUAAAAGCGGAUACAGGUUAAAGCCAGAAUUCAUGAGAAGACCGGACAAACACUUCGAUCCAUUUACUGAAAGUAUAGUGGAUGGAAUAGUAGCUAACACCUUGUCUGUCAAG